AGAAAAAGGGAAUGGCGGAUCAAACUUUCGAUAUUGAAAUUUUUUUAAACGGAUGUUCUCACACUCGCGAGUCGAGAAAUGAGAACGAUGGGCAAGUUGUUAAUAAUAAUGAUUCGCACAUUUACGAUUUGCUUGAACCAAAAAUAGAUAUUUACAAUUCGAGAAAUGUGAACGGUGGACAGGUUUUUAAACCAACCACAAGUUCUGAAGAUGAGGUAAAGAUGAUUCAAACCGAUGAAACAAGAGAUGAGAUCGAAGAGAAAAAAAAAGAUAAAGAAAAAGUAGUGGGAUUAGCCUAUGGAUGGAUUAACCCUUGGUUGUCCGCAUAUUAUUGA